AAACCGCCACAGAAAAAGAAAACUUCUAGAAGACUAAACGCUCCCGGCUUGUUUUAGCCGCACAGUUAGCAGUUAGCCGGAACCAUCUUCUCUCAUCGCUGCAGUUCCUAGAGGGGCGGCUUUAGUAGAAAGACGAGGAAGUCAAUUUCAACUUCCGGUUAAUAUCCGAACAUAGUUGGCGGUUAAAAUGGAGCAGACGAGGAGUGAAACCGGGGAGGAAAGUCAGGAUUACAGGGUUCAGACAACGUCGAAGAGGAAAGUUGUGGCGCAGAUCAGCAGAUUUAAAGCGGUUUUAAGCAAAGUUCUGGACGGACAACCGGAAGUUGCAGAAGAAACGAAGAGACUUUUACUGGAGGAGCUGCUGGCGAACUUCGAGGCGGCGGUCCAGGCCAACGUCGUGGUGAACGGGCAGUCCUGGGAGGACGCUCCUGAUGUUGAAGUAGAUGAUGAGGCCGUCGAUCUGCAGAGCCUCCUGGAUGAUACCAUCGUUGAGACCACCAGGAAGCGCCGCACAUACCCCAAAAAGAUCCUCCCCCAUGUCGUCCACACCCUCAAGGCUGAACGCAAAGUUAUGGGUCUGUACAAGCAGGAAGUCAAACCUCAGGAGAUCCCCAGAGAUCUGGAUAGAGACAGCGCUAUGAAGGAUCUGUCUGCAGGGGCUCCUGUCCUGGUGAAACAGGCCAUCCAGGUGAUAAAGUCCAUCAACACUCUCCUGAGUCAGGCUGAAGGCCUCUGCGGAGUCCUGAACAUGAAACCCAGCCACGCCUCCCAGGAGGUCCACAGAGAGGUGCUGAACAUCCAAUCAGAUGCUCUGCCUCACGCCAACGGAGCAGCCAGGAACAGGCAGCCAAUCAAAAGAGCCAUAGAGGAAGCGGCAGCUUCAAAGGGAUACAUGCCACGCACCAAGAAGCCGGAUCGGAGCACGAGUCGGGACGAGUCAGAGUGACACUUCCUGUAAACCGGAAAUGGAAGAAUGAAAAUCUGUUGGCGUGUUUUUAUUCUACGUUGCUGUAUCUUUCUUUUAGACAUGAAUAAAUAUCUCCAGCA